GGAAGCUGUCGUUUCAAAUAAUUAAACGAAGCGAUCCAAAUGUGAAUGAAAAAAAAAAAAUAUUCAGCGUACGCUAAUACGAAGUGAAUGCGAGAAACAUGUUUCCAAACAUAUUGGCGGAAGCUUUUAUCAGAACUGGAGUCCUGCUCGAUGCGCCUAACCGUGAUAAACAAUCGGCGUUUUCACGGUAUUAUGUCGCAGCCACGGAAGCGUUUCCCGAAUUAAUCAAUGGUGACGUAUUUGGCUACUUGGAUUACAUCCGGCACAAUCCACCGCGGAUGGUCUUUAAAGAUUUCGAAUUGGAUAAACCGAAAAGUAACCUGGAGGCAGUCACACUACGCCAGGAGGGAAACAAACUGUUUGCGAAGAAAAUGUAUGAAGAUGCAAUGGGCAAGUACAACGAGAGUAUCUGCUGGGCCCUUGGCGAUUCGGAGGAUCUGGGAAUUGGCUUUGCAAACAGAUCGGCAGUGUGUUAUGAAAUCCAGGAAUAUGAAUUUGCCUUAGCAAACAUCCAACUGGCCCGACAGCACAACUACCCGGAAAGAUUGAUGUCUAAACUGGUAGCACGAGAGCACAACUGCAACGCGAAAAUUCAAGCCAGGGAAAAUAAGUCCUCGAAUAAAUGUCCGAAAUUUGUGAUGAAACUGGAAGCGAACCCUACGAUUCCUAUCAUGGUCAAGGGAAUAACAUUGGGGAAAUAUCGUGGACUUGGAUACGGGAUGAAAGCCGAAAAAGAUUUCAAGGUCGGAGAUGUGAUUCUGCACGAGCGGUCUAAAAUAGUUGCGAACGGUCCAGAAGUGAAAUUCACUGCUUGUGAUCAUUGUGCUUCGGGUAAUGAUGCGCUCUUAAUUCCAUGCCCUCAUUGCGUGGAGGUGAUGUAUUGCACCCAAGAGUGCUUGCAAAUCAGCUGGAAGGAAUACCAUCGUUUCGUCUGUGGUUCACUUAAGAUACUGAGUGCUGCACCUUUUGGUGCUCACUCCAUAGGAUUGAAGAUGUUCUUCUAUGGACUGACGCAGUUUAACGACAACGUGAAUGAGAUGAUGAAAUACUGUAAAGCAAACACCCGGAAAGAAAUUAAUCCGUUUGACAGGAACUAUAUCAAACCUGACCCAUUGGAUACGUUCAAAUUUUUCCAUACAGUAAAAGUGGAGAGAUCUUCCUCCAUGAUGAACUUAUUGACACAACCUUCCGCUGCUUUUGUUUGCGGAAUCUAUUUCGAACAACCACUGAUCCGUUCCUUAUUCAAAAAGAAGAAGCAACUGAGAUUCAUGUUGCAAUCGAUCCAUGAUUACAUGAAUGCAUCCUGCAAAAUGAUCAUAGGUCUAUGGGAUAGCGUUCCGUUUUUCCAACUAGCGUCGUUCUUUAACCAUUCCUGCGUCCCCAACACACACACGGUCUUCAACUCCGGAGAGGUAAAGUUCAUUGUUUUGCGCCCCAUCCAGAAAAAUGAGCAAAUUCUGAUCUCGUACGAAUCCGGGAUUGGCAAAACCGAUAAGUUGGACCGCUUCAUCAUGACGACAAUUUUGGACUUCACUUGCGCGUGUGAGAUUUGCAAACCGACCGCAGCGCCCAAACUAAUGAAGCGGCAUCCGCAAGCGUUCCACAAACAUUUGGAAGUGGUGCACCAAAUUGUAAGGGACGAAGACUGCACGAAAUUGGAUAAGCUUAAUGCUGCGCAGCAGUUCAUUCAGCUCUACGGCUAUGCGCAUCCGCUGGUUGAGGUUCGUGAGUUGAUCAUACUUUACCAGAACUUGUUACGGAUGUCUUUCGACGACGAAAUGAUGGAUCAGAUGCGCAACAAAAUAAGCGUUGGAAAUUAACAUAAAUUUCUUUUUCAUAAGUAUGAUGAAUUUUGCCAUUUUUGUUUAAAGGUUACUUAAAUUUCAAUUAAAUAAUAAAACGCAGAAUAAAAUCACACCCUGUUCCAUUUUU